CGUUCAGGCAAGUAAGCUAGACAGACGCGCUGAGAGCAGCGGGGGCCUCGAUCGUGCCACAACAAAGAUGGCCGCUCGGCCGGAAGUGGCUUCAGCCACAACAAAGAUGGCGACGAGGAAGGGCGGAAGUGACGUCACGCCACUCACAAGAUGGCUGCCGAGUCGCGGCUGGCUUUGACCUUCUAAGCAUGGUGGCCGAAAAGGCGGGAAAAUGCAAGGACCCCGGGCGGUGGGUGUCUACUCGACUGCCUGACAAGCACGCCGACGCCUCUCCGGCGCAAUUUUCCGCGGCUUUUCCGGCCGUGCCGACACGGGCUGUACGCUCAGCGGCGCCGGGGCCGGACGCGAGCCAGCCGGGCGCCGACAGGCAGCGGUGAAGACGCCUCUCUCUGACGGGUCCUUGCCGCGGCCGCGUUUUUGGGUUUGGCCCUCGCGGCGACCCGUACCUUCCCGCCGCUCCUCUCGCUCCGUUCUCUCCCCCCGGCCCGGGGAAAUGGAGGAACCCUCCGAUGGCUUCGGCUCCCAACGGUCGCUCCCCGGCGCUGGGUCCAGAGCGGCCCGAGGAGGGGAUGCUCUGUGUGCCGGAACGGUGAGAGCUGCUGACAGCACUGAAAACCUGUGUGCUUCGUGGUGUCCAUCGCCCAGCUGGCAACGAUUCCCUGGUGUUUGGUGCAUUAAGUCACACCCAGCUGUGUGGGAUGGCAGAGUCAGGUGGGCCCUUUAUUGAACAGAUUUAUCUGCUACAAGGCUACGCAGAAGGAUGGAAAGGAGGAACACAGGGGGAAAAAAAAAUAGAUGAAAGGCCAUGCAUUGAUCACCUGAUGUACUCCAGAGACAAACAUGGCUAUUACAGGGGCUGGUUCUGGGGUAACAAGGAAACACAAGGCCUAAACACCUCUGGCUUGUCUGUCCAAGGAUCUGCCUCAAUUGUGGCUCCCAUCCUUCUGAAGAACUCUUCAGCACAAGGCAGGGUUCCUGGACGAGGUGACCCAGGACAGCUUCGUGCUGGGCCCGGGCUACGACCGCCCCUACCAGCUGGAGCCCGCGGUGAGGGAGCCCAAGAGCAUCCAGCUGUACCAGCACCUCAGCCUCAAGAGCUGCAUCUGGACCUUCGAUGCUUAUUACGACAUGACCGAGUUAAUUGAUGUCUGUGGGGGCUCUGUCACCGCUGACUUCCAGGUAAGGGACUCUGCCCAGUCCUUCCUGACAGGCCAUGUCCCUCUCUCCGUGUCCUACAUCUGUGUGACGGCACCGAGGGGCUGGGCUUCCCUGGAGCACCGCACCGAGAUGGAGUUCUCCUUCUUCUACGACACCGUUCUCUGGAGGACAGGGAUCCAGACGGACAGCGUUCUCUCGGCCCGCCUGCAGAUAAUCCCCAUCUACAUCCGCGAGGACGGACGGCUGGUCAGCGAGUUCAAGACGCAGGCCAAGUUCAGAGCGCUGUUUGUCAUGGAGCACCACAGCCUGCCAGAUGUCAGGUCCUCUUUGAGAACUCCAGAGCACCUGGGAGGCAUCGAAUUUGACCUGCAGCUGCUGUGGAGUGCUCAGACUUUUGAUUCUCCCUACCAGCUCUGGAGAGCAACCAGCUCCUACAGCAGGAAGGAUUACUCUGGAGAAUACACCAUGUUCCUGAUCCCCUGCACGGUGCAGCCCACGCAGCCGUGGGCAGAGCCUGGAGCCAAGCCCCUGCCCUGCACGGCUCACGCUCCCGAGCGGUUUUUGAUCCUGAUCACCUUCCAGCAGACAAGCCGCCCAGUUCCAGUUGUUUACUCCCAGAACACAGAGUUUCAGAUCUGUAACGACGAGAAGGUUUUUUUAAUGGACCCCACCAAAUCGGAAAGGUCUCUGGCAGAAAUGGAUUACAAGGGGGCUUUUUCCAAGGGUAGGAUUCACCUCUCCUCUUCUGCCUGGCACGUGCUCUGGCACCCGGAACAAAACCUCAACGCUGCUUACAAGCUGCAGCUGGAGAAGGUCAACCUGUGCACAGGCAGGGAUGGCUACGUGCCCUUCUUCGACCCCACGGGUACCGUCUACAACGAGGGGCCCCGGUACGGCUGCAUCCAGCCCAACAAGUACCUGAAACACCGAUUCCUCCUCCUGGACCAAAACCAGCCAGAAGUGAGGGAUAAGUAUUUCCACGAUGUGCCUUUUGAUGCCCACUUUGCUUCCCAGCUGUCCGAGUUCCACUCGGUGAGCAACAUGCCCGGAGUUGAUGGAUUUACUCUCAAGGUGGAUGCUCCUCUACAAGGUAUGUAGUACCCAGUGCUUUUGGUAGCCCAAAAUGGACUUCUCUGUCCAGGACCUCCCAAACACUUGGUGAAUUGUAGACUCUGGGCCUUCAGAAUUCACCUCUGAUACAAGAAAUGAAGAUUAGGAUGUUAGUCCCGUAAUUUCAUUUUUUUUUUUCCCUGAGGCACUCAUGAGAAAGCUCUUUAAAAACACAUUAUUCGUGUUCCUGAAGGAAUUAAUGCCAUCGCAAAGGCAGGACACCUCACGGGGUGGUCCGUGCUCCCGAGGAGCUCCCCUUGAACACCCGAGGUGGAGCUGCCCCGGGGCGCCCCGAAGGCGGCGGGCGGCCGCUGCUGCACCGUCAGGAACCUUCAUCCACCGAGGGACGCGGCGGCCUCUGCCAGGGCCAGGGCAGGAAAGUGAAGCAGGUGCACAUGGAAGUCAAAGUCCACGGCAAUUUGCACGACGGCACGGAAGUUUCAUGGAGCACACGCAUUGGAAAAAGCUUUUUAUAAACUGUAAAAUAAAGAUAAUCCAAAACUGAAAAGCCACGUGGGUAUUUUUUUAGUCUGGUGAGGAGGGGCAGCUGUCAAUUCCCCCUGCUCCCGUCUUAGCGGCUGCACCGCUGCCCUCCCUCCAUGCUGCUCCAGCUCUCCCGGGCUUAAGUGGGCAGGGUGGGGAAGCCAGCUCCCACCGCUGGCAUGUGGGAGCUCUGAGCCAGCCGAGGAGCAGCCGGGUU